CCACCCCGUGCCCAAUGUAGCGGGGGCGGGCGGAGGGCGGAGCUGCUGCAAGAUCUAGUCAGACAGGUGGAGCCGCCAGGGCAGGAGUCUCAAAGAGCCAGGCUCCUGGUGUGGAAGAGAGGAGAGCUUGCCUGAGAGAGGAGGGGAGGAGAGAGGCUGGAGGUGAGAGCCCGGGAAGAAGGCUGGAGGAGGCUGGAGAGUCCUUAGCCAGGAUGGAGGCUGUUGUGAACGUGUACCAGGAAUUAAUGAAGCAUGCGGAUCCCCGGAUCCAGAACUACCCUCUCAUGGGGUCCCCCUUGCUAAUAACAUCCAUUCUUCUGACCUAUGUGUACUUUGUGCUAUCACUUGGGCCUCGAAUCAUGGCUAAUCGGAAGCCCUUCCAACUUCGUGGCUUCAUGGUUGUCUACAAUUUCUCACUGGUGACACUCUCCCUCUACAUUGUCUAUGAGUUCCUGAUGUCUGGUUGGCUGAGUACCUAUACCUGGCGCUGUGACCCAGUAGACUUUUCCAAUAGCCCCGAGGCACUUCGGAUGGUUCGAGUGGCCUGGCUCUUCAUGCUUUCCAAGGUCAUCGAGCUGAUGGACACAGUGAUAUUUAUUCUCCGGAAGAAAGAUGGACAGGUGACCUUCCUACAUGUCUUCCAUCACUCGGUGCUCCCCUGGAGUUGGUGGUGGGGCAUAAAGGUGGCUCCAGGAGGGAUGGGCUCUUUCCACGCCAUGAUAAACUCCUGUGUACAUGUCGUCAUGUACCUGUACUAUGGGCUGUCUGCCCUUGGCCCUGUGGCUCAGCCCUACCUUUGGUGGAAGAAACAUAUGACAGCCAUACAGCUGAUCCAGUUUGUCCUGGUUUCACUGCACAUCAGCCAAUACUACUUCAUGCCCAGCUGCAGCUACCAGUACCCUAUCAUUAUCCACCUCAUAUGGAUGUACGGCACCAUCUUCUUCAUGCUCUUCUCCAAUUUCUGGUAUCACUCUUACACCAAAGGAAAGCGGCUGCCCCGUGCAGUGCAGGAGAACGGAGCUCCAGCUUCUACCAAGGUCAAGGCCAACUGAGGAGCAUGGCCUCAUCCCCACCUAAGUGCCUCAGGACUGCACCUUGGGCAGCAGCUACCAGUGUCCUCUCCACCUACACCUAUGACCAGGGCUCUCAUGGUCAGGACUAAGUAGGAGGACUGGCUCUCCCCUCCCCACAGCAGGUCUACAGGGACCACUGCUUCUAUUCCUUCUCCCAGCCAGCUCCAGGGAUGUGGCCUCACUGCUGUCCGCCACCAGAACUGGAGGCUGAAGGGCUGGACACUCACCUCCCCCUCCCUGCCUUAAACUUGGGAGAGGAACACUCAGGGCUGGCCCCAACCAGGGUCUUGUGGCCUUUCUCCUCACAUUGAAGAGGUCAGCAAUAAUCUGUCACUAUGGACUCAGGCUCCCUUUUUCACUACACACUGAAGCACGAGCUUCUGGGCCAAAGGUCAGGAUGGGCAGCGGGCCUGGAAAUACAGGCUGUGUACUCACUUAUGUCUUAAUUAAAGUGACAGAGGAAACCACUGAGAUUGUGUGUGUAUAAGUG